AUGGAAAACAAGAAAGAGGUGGAGAAAAGGAUGAGAGAGAGGAAAAAAAGUCCCUCUGCAAAGCUAUCCCUUUCUCUUAUUAGAUGUGAAGGGGAUUUGAUUCUUUAUGUCAAAUUUUUCCUUGGUUUCGUGAUAAGAGCUAUUCUCUACAGAGACUGUGACAAGGGGACCCAUGCGCCUGAUACUCGCUCUGCUAACCACCAAAGGUUCUUUGCUACUUGGAUCCGAGUUGCUCUGAGUUCCACUAGUUGCAGUAAAGAAGUGGAGAUGGAUCAUUUCGAUUCAUCUAACCAACAGAUUCUCACUAAACCUCCAACUCAACAGCCUUCUGCUCCAUCUCCUCCAUCGUCUGGCGACGAAUUCUUCAGCUACUCUGAUCUUGAGUGCAGUAAUAAGCAGAAAGAGCAGCUCGAUCUUGGCAAGCUGAACUGGCUUGCAGAGAUGGGUCUCUUUGGUGACCAGCCUGAUAAAGAAGCUCUACCAGCAGCUGAAUUUCCUGAGCUUUCGGUUUCACAUCCGGCUCAUGUUCAUCUUACAAUAAACCCAUGA